AGAUUUCUAAUCUCAAAACGAUGAUAAAGUGCUUAGCCAAGUUAAACAUGAACAGUCCCAUUUAUUUGCACAUUUAGUUGUAGUUAGUACAUGGUGGAUGACAGUCUUCUUGUUCUGAAUAACUACAACAUUCAGCCGCAAUGAUUAUCACGGCGAAAUUUAUUCCCAUACUUUUGGGGUUGGCCCUAACUGCUUUCACAGUAUCAACCAUAGUGUUGGCCGUACAAAAAUCAAAUCUACAAAAUGAAUUGCAAGAGGCAAAAGAUAAAUUGGAAGCUCUUCAGACGACGACAACUACUACCACGACAACAUCAACAGCUUCUCCGACUACUAAUCCAACAACGGAAACUCCAACUAAGGAAACUCCUACAACGGAAAUAAGUCCAACACCUGAACCAGAAGAAAAAAUCAACUAUCGUUUGCCUGAAACUAUGUUUCCUACAGCCUACGAUCUUUACUUACAUCCGGAUGUAGAGACUGGCAAUUUCUCAGGUCAAGAAAAAAUUUACAUCAGCUGUACUGAAAAUACCAAUAAAAUUGUCUUACACUCCUUAUACAUGACCAUUAAGAGUGUAUAUCUUGAGGGCUCUGGCACUAGUGUAAAAACUUUUUAUUUGGAUCCAAUUCGUGAAUUUUUGGUCAUCGAACUUAAUGAUGUUAUUGUGGCACCUCGUAAAUUUGUUUUGGGCAUUAUAUUUGAAGGCAGUAUGAAAAAUAAAAUUAUUGGUUUGUAUUCCUCAUCGUAUCUGAAACCUGAUAAUAGUAUAAAAUGGAUUGCUUCUUCCAAAUUUGAACCCACAUUUGCCAGGCAGGCAUUCCCCUGUUUUGACGAACCCGCCUUAAAGGCAACAUUUAAUGUAACAUUAGUUUACCCCAAUACUGGAAAUUAUCACGCUUUAUCCAAUAUGAAUAUCGAGGCAAUUAAAAAUCAAGGUGCUUACAACGAGGCCUAUUUCAGCCAAAGUGUUCCAAUGAGUACAUAUUUGAGUUGCUUUAUUGUUUCCGAUUUUCUCUACAAGACAGUCCAAGUCGACACUAAAGGCAUAGGUGAAGAAUUUGAAUUACGUGUUUUUGCCACACCCGAACAACUGAACAAAGUUGAUUUUGCCUUGGCCGCAGGAAAAACGAUUAUUGAAUAUUAUAUUCAAUAUUUUAAGAUUCCCUAUCCUUUGCCUAAAUUGGAUAUGGCUGCCAUACCUGACUUUGUUUCGGGUGCUAUGGAACACUGGGGUUUGGUAACUUAUCGUGAAACUGCUUUACUAUACGAUAAAGCUAUCAGCUCUUCGGCUAACACCCAAAGAGUGGCUGGCGUAAUUGCCCAUGAAUUUGCUCAUAUGUGGUUUGGUAACUUGGUUACUUUUAUGUGGUGGAAUGAUUUGUGGCUAAGUGAAGGUUUUGCCAGCUAUAUUGAAAACAAAGGUAUUGAGGCCGCUUUUCCCGACUGGAAUAUGCAGGAUCAGUUUAUUGUAAACACGCUACAUGGUGUAUUGAAUUUGGACGCAACUCUAGGUGCUCAUCCUAUUGUUCAAACUGUUGCAAAUCCAGACCAGAUUACAGAAAUCUUUGACACAAUCACGUAUUCAAAGGGCUCUUCGAUUAUUCGCAUGUUAGAAGACUUUUUGGGUCCUGAUAAUUUCCAAAAGGCCGUUACAAACUAUUUGGAAGAAUUCAAAUAUAAAAACGCUGUUACCGACGAUUUUCUCACAGUAAUUGAUAAGUUGAAUUUGGGCUUUGAUGUCAAGGCCAUUAUGCGCACCUGGACCGAACAAAUGGGUUUGCCAGUGGUAGAAGUCAAAAAGAUAUCCGAUACUCAAUACAAACUGACACAAAAACGCUUCUUCUCCAAUCCCGUUGACUACGAAGGCAUUUAUAAUGAUUCUCCAUUUAACUACACCUGGUCCAUACCAAUCACUUACAAAACUAGUGCUAGCGCAGAAGUACAACGUACGUGGUUUUAUUUUGACGAUACCGAAAUUACAAUUACUCUUCCCAGUGCUGUCGAAUGGAUUAAAUUCAAUUAUAAUCAAGUUGGUUAUUAUCGUGUCAAUUAUCCAACCGAUAUGUGGGAAAAUUUAUCUGACAAAUUGGUAGCAGAUCCAAAUAUCUUUUCAAUUGGUGAUCGUGCUUGUUUGUUGAAUGAUGCCUUUGCGUUGGCCGAUUCCACCCAACUGCCUUACAACAUGCCUUUAGAUAUGACAAAGUAUUUGAGUAAAGAAGAUCAAUAUGUACCCUGGAGUGUAGCUGCUUCUAAAUUGACAUCUCUUAAACGUAAACUUAUGUUUACUGAUGCUUUUGUGGACUACAAUGCCUAUGCUAGAAAUUUGGUUGAACAAAUUUACGAAAGUGUUGGUUGGACAGUCGGCGAAGAUCAUAUGAAGAACCGUUUGCGUGUCACAAUUUUGAGCACCGCUUGUUCAUUGGGUUUGCCAGCCUGUUUAGCUGAAGCCUCCAAUCAAUUUACAAAGUGGUUGGAAAACCCCUCCGUACGUCCCCAUCCUGAUAUUCGUGAAACUGUUUACUACUAUGGCAUGUUAGCUUUAGGAAACGAGGAAAUUUGGAAUCAAGUAUGGGAACUUUUUGUAACUGAAAAGGACGCUAGUGAAAAGGUCAAGUUAAUGUAUGGUUUAUCAGCUAUACAAGAACCCUGGAUUCUUAGCAGAUACAUUGAUCUGGCAUGGUAUGAGAAGAAUGUACGCGGUCAAGAUUAUUUCUCAUGUUUGCAAAAUAUUGCUGCCAAUCCUAUUGGAGAACCCUUAGUAUGGGAUUACGUUCGUGAACAUUGGCCCCAAUUGGUCGAACGCUUUACCAUUAAUGAACGCAAUUUGGGCAAUAUGAUUCCGUCUAUUACAUCUCGUUUCUCUUCCCAAACUAAAAUGGAAGAAAUGCAAAAUUUCUUUGCUAAAUAUCCCAAUGGUGGUGCUGGUACAGCUGCUCGUGUUAGGGCUUUGGAAAAUGUUAAAAAUAACAUUGCCUGGUUGGAAAACAAUCUUUCGGUGGUGCGCGAGUGGUUGCAGUUUUUAAAAUUGUACAGAAUGUUGCCACAUUCAAAAUUAUUACACAUAAUAUUGUGUUGGGGUGUUGUAGCGUUUGGGGUAUCGACUGUCGUUUUAGGCAUACAACAUUCCCAAUUAACUGCCUCCAUUCAAGAUGCCGAAGAGAAAAUGGAUUAUAUGGAAACUCAAUUGUUGGGCGAGAUUAAGCCUCGUCAUAAACGUGAUUUAACCCUUGAUAAUGUCAAUGAUUUAGUUGAUGAUAAUAAGAUAAAUUAUCGCUUACCAAGUGCUUUGAAACCGAUUUACUACAAUUUGUAUUUGCAUCCCGAUAUCGACACCGGCAACUUUUCCGGUCAGGAGGUUAUAAAUAUUCAAGUGCUGGAAGAAACUGAUGAAAUUAUUUUGCAUUCGAACAAACUGAAAAUUAACAAUGUUUAUGUAACCGGUUAUGAAGUGCAAGAGCACUAUUUGGAUGAAGUGCGUGAGUUUCUAGUGAUCAAAUUGAAAACUACGUUGACGGUCAAUACCAAAAUCAAUUUGGGUAUUAUUUUUGAGGGUCAUAUGUUGAAUAAGAUCGUGGGUUUGUACAGUAGUACGUAUACUACUCCAGAAAAUGAGAAGAGAAAAAUUGCUACUUCAAAAUUUCAACCAACAUAUGCUCGUCAAGCAUUUCCCUGUUUCGAUGAGCCCAAUUUGAAAGCAGCUUUUAAUGUAACUUUGGUGAGACCUACAGGUGAUGGUUACCACGCUUUAUCAAACAUGAAUGAAGAGAGUUCAUUAUUUUUGGGACAAUAUACUGAAGUAUAUUUUGCAUCAAGUGUUCCAAUGAGUACUUAUUUGACAUGUUUUAUCGUUUCUGAUUUUGAGUCAAAAACUGAGAAAAUCAAUGCUGCACAUGGUGAAGAUUUUGAAUUACGUAUCUUUGCUACAAAGCAUCAACUGGAAAAGACAAAUUUUGCCCUCAAAACUGCUGUAGCUGUUACGGAAUUUUAUAUUGAAAAUUUCAAAGUGGAAUAUCCUUUGCCAAAAUUAGACAUGGCAGCCAUACCCGACUUUGUUUCAAACGCCAUGGAACAUUGGGGCUUAUUGACAUAUCGUGAAACUGCUCUAUUAUACGAUCGUGCUUUCAGUUCCACUUGGAACAAACAGCGUACUGCCGCUGUAAUCGCCCACGAGGUGGGCCACAUGUGGUUCGGUAAUUUGGUAACGAUGAACUGGUGGAAUGACUUGUGGCUAAAUGAAGGAUUUGCCCGUUUUAUGGAAUACAAAGCUAUAAAUCAUGUCUACGAAGAUUGGGGUUUGCCCGAUCAAUUUUUGGUGAAUGCUUUACAUGGUGUCAUGAAGUACGAUUCUUCUGUAGCCUCUCAUCCCAUUGUUCAAACAGUCGAAAAUCCCGAUCAAAUUACCGAAAUUUUCGAUACUAUCAGUUAUGAAAAGGGUGCCUCUAUAAUACGUAUGUUGGAAGACUGUGUGGGCACCGAGAAAUUCGAACAAGCCGUUACAAACUAUUUAACUAAAUUUAAAUAUAAAAAUGCUGUUACCGAUGAUUUUAUUAAUGAAGUGGCAAACACUGGUUUAGAUUUUGAUGUCAAAUUUAUGAUGCGCACAUGGACUGAGCAAAUGGGUCUGCCCGUUAUAAAUGUAGUCCGUACAUCUCCAACUACAUUUGAAUUGACCCAAAAACGUUUCUUUUCAAACAUUGAGGAUUAUAAUAAUAUUUAUGAUGACUCUGAAUUCAACUACACAUGGACCAUACCAUUGACCUAUUUCCACGAUAAUGAUGCUACCGUACGCCGCAAAUGGUUUAAUUACGAUGAUUCUUCUGUUUCUGUGUCCGUUCCCAUCGAUAGUAAAUGGUUAAAGUUAAACAGCCGACAAGUGGGCUUUUAUCGUGUCAAUUAUGAGGAUUCAAUGUGGCAUGCAAUUAUUGAAGAUUUAGUAGCUUCACCUGAAAAACUCGCCAGUGCCGACCGUGCUCAUUUGCUUAACGAUGUCUUCUCAUUGGCGGAUGCAAAUCAAGUUUCUUAUGAAAUUGCUCUCGAUAUGACUACUUAUCUAAGUAGAGAAAAAGAUUUUGUCCCCUGGAAUGUGGCUGCCACCAAAUUACAAGCUUUACAGGGUAAUCUUAUAUUUACCGAUUCCUAUUCGGAUUAUCUAAAGUAUGCUCGUGGACUCAUUAACAAAGUCUACCAGGAGGUUACAUGGACUAUCGAUGAGGAUAACCAUUUAAGAAAUCGCUUGAGAGUUAGCAUCUUAACUGCAGCCUGUUCAUUAGGUAUGCCCGAUUGUCUGAAAGAAGCCUCUUCUCGCUUUGCCAAUUUCUUGGCUAAUCCUGAAAAUAAACCCGAUCCAGAUUUACGUGAAAUUGUUUAUUACUAUGGCAUGCAGAAUAUUGGCCAACAGAAAGAAUGGGAUCAAUUAUGGAAAUUGUUUAUAACUGAACAAGAUGCCAGUGAAAAAUUAAAAUUGAUGUAUGGUUUGGCUGGUGUAAAAGUUCCCUGGCUGCUAAGAAGAUUUAUUGACCUGGCUGAAAAUGAGAGCUACGUACGUCGUCAAGAUUACUUUAACUGUAUUCAAAAUAUUGCUGCCAAUCCUGUUGGAGAGCCCGUUGUGUGGGAAUUUGUUCGUGAGCAUUGGGAGGAUUUAGUUGAUCGUUUCACAUUGAAUGAACGUUAUUUGGGUCGUAUGAUUCCAGCUAUUACAGCACGAUUUUCUACCGCUACCAAAUUGGAAGAGAUGGAAGCUUUCUUUGCUAAAUAUCCUGAGGCUGGUGCUGGUACAGCUUCUCGCCAACAAGCUUUGGAAACUGUUAAGUACAAUAUCAAUUGGAUGAAAACAAACUUGGAUCAAGUUACCCAAUGGUUGGCCAAACAAUAACUUAAUACAAAUUUUAUAAUAUAAUGAAUUUUUUAAUUUGUUAAUCAUUCUUUAAUAGAAACGUUU